AUGCGUAAUCGGUGGUCUCGCGCUCAAAUCAAGAUGGCGGAUCUACUAGGUUCAAUAUUAAAUUCGAUGGAAAAACCUCCAACUGUCGGCGACCAGGAAAGCCGGCGAAAGGCUCGAGAGCAAGCAGCGAGGCUCAAGAAGAUGGAAGAAGAUGAGAAAAAGAAGAAAGCGGAGUUCAGAAAAAAGAUGGAAAAAGAAGUGUCAGAGUUCAUUCAAGACAGUGCGCAACAGAAGCGAAAAUAUAAUCCCAUGGGCAAGAUUGAGAGAAGUAUAUUGCACGAUGUCGCUGAAGUGGCUGGUUUGACUUCUUUUUCUUUCGGGGAGGAUGAAGAGAGCCGUUACGUCAUGUUGUUCAAGAAGGAGUUUGCGCCAUCAGAUGAGGAACUGGAGGCUUAUCGUAAAGGAGAGGAGUGGGAUCCUCAGUUGGCGGAGCAGCGGCGCAGGCUAAAAGAGCAAGCAGCUCUGGAAGAAGCGGCAUCCCAGCAGAGCAGCAAGUUGGAAGUGUGUCCGAAUUCCAAUUACAGAGACAAGUACAGCCACCUGAUAGGCACAUCUGCAGCCAAAGAUGCGGCGCACACUCUUGAAGCUAACCAGGCGUAUGGAUGUGUGCCGGUGGCCAAUAAGAGGGACACUCGCUCCAUAGAGGAAGCCAUGAAUGCAAUUCGUGCAAAGAAGCGGCAGAAGUUAGAAGACGAUACUGGCGCGCACGGCAGCGCUUCUUGA